AUGACUCAAGAUGCCCCCGAUAACCCACCAUCUUCUCACUCGAGCUAUGUGGGCCUAUCUUCAGAUACCUUCGAUUACAUGCAAGAACAGUUCGGUGGCGGUCGUCGAUGUGCAACACCACCUGUCGAGCUUACUCCUUCACGACUCAGGAGUAAGCUGAAGGCCACAGCGCGUGAUGUUGGCCUUGUCAAAGGUGCAUCGAUCCGCCGCCAGGCCUAUGAAAACCUCACUGUGGGAGAUCAAGAUCCCACACCUGUGCAGUCUAGUACAACAGACUUCACGCAUAUGGUGGCAGACGGCACUUCGACAAAUGAGACAUCAUCGCUAACGGGCCACGUGGCUAGUAGUCGACACGCAUCGCCAUUUCCGACUACACAUGCUCCUGCGCAGCUCCAGGAUAUUUUUUACGGCUCUAUGAGCCAGCAACCUGCGUGGAUGGAUCCCAACUCUUCUGACGCCUUCAGCAUGAUGGGGACUACAUCUUUUUUACCUGGAGGAUCACAACAUCACCUCAUCACACAGGACAUGAACCGCUUAGCACCGCCCCCAAGUUUUAAUUUCCCUACAAAUUCAUCAGGUCAAACAAUGGCUUCUCGUGCAUGUUCCCUAGAGCCUCAUGCUACAGGCCAAACACCUUCAGGAUUUACGCAGGAUUUUUCAGGCGAAGUCGCACCAUUCAUCCUUCGGCCUGUUCCGUCAUCAUCACCUCAAGAUCAUGCGCCUCCCCUCCCAGCAACAAACAUUAUUCCACCAACACCAUUUCAGACUAACACUUCCACCUCGACAAAUUCCAUUGGCGUGGUCACUACUUUUCAUCAACGCUUUCCCGAAGAGCAUGAGCCAGUGACCCAUCAAGAGGGGAAUACAGUCACCGGGCGUAGGUCCGCAGAACUGAACACAGCACUCGAUGUAGGGUUUGCUGCAGUCGAGCGCUGCUUUCUCGAUCUUUCUACAUCUACUACACUUCCUGUUUCACAGUUAAUUAACUUGUUCUUGAAGAGUCGUGGACGCACCGUGAAUGGCACCAACUACUGGAACUUGUACGCCAACUACUUCAAGGAGCACAUCAAGACAGAGCUUGCACGUAUUGGCCGAGAGGCCCCAGCCGGAGGUGGCACACCUAGUGCAACCGUGCAUACUCAAUGCUACGACAAAUUCAAAGAGGCGUAUCCUGAAUCUUAUCAAGACCUUCUGUUGAUGCACAAGGAGGCGUUACUCCUUGGAUCGUCUACCCAGACAAUAGCUCAGCGGGGACAGGGAUUCCAGAAGCAUUAUCGAAGAGUAAUACAGAUUCUUGACUCUGCUUCCGCUAAGUGUGGCUUUGAAGCAGCCGUUGUCUUAUGUGGCAAAGUGGUAAAUGAAGAUGGAUCACUGGGUCACUCGUAUAGUAUGCCGGGUGCUGCAGGGUUCUGGCAGACACGAUGCCGAGCCAGUGAUGAUGCCAUCAUCGGACAUCUUAAAGCACACGUGUACAAUAACACAUCGUUAGCUACGGUGGAUGAAGUGUUCCAUGACGAUACCCACAGCGACUCAUUGACCCCCCGCUCGACUUCAAACAACGGUCGCGAGCAGUCUCAGGCUCCUGAAGGACGUGAUGAUGGUUUAAAGUGGGUUAAGCUCGAGCUGAUCAAACAAGUCGCCCAGCUUGGGGGCAAGUGUGCCUGGGACGAAAACUUCCCUUGGAAAGGCAUGUCCAGCGCACUUGCUGAUGCCAAUAUCUGCAUUAGAGGGUAUCCGGCUGACAGAUGUCUCUUGCCUGGCGAAGCUCACAAUGAGAACUCGAAGAACAAGGGUAUUGGGGCGCUGACCCAGAGAGAAAUCGUGGUGCUCGUGGAGGCAUUGAAGUCAGGAACUAUGCAAGUUGUCAAAGUUGACAAGGUACAUCGAGCAUCUGUUAUGGCCUCCGAAAGGCCGGUCAUCACAGGCAUAGCGCCUCCCUCUGACUGGCCACAUGCCGGUGCUCGACGACUGUUUGUUAAUGGUGACACAGACUACCAUGGCCCAGCUCGUCUUAAGUCUAGCAAUGCAGCUACCAAAGUCAAGAAGGCCGAUAAAGCGACAAAAGCCCCACCACCACCUGAUGAUGAUGACGACGACAGUUCAGAUGAUGACCAUCCAGUGGUACCUGCUGUUCAAAUCGCUGCACCACCACCAAUACCACCCCCGUUUAAAGUUGUUGCACUACCACCCUCACGCCCAUUCAAAAUUGUUCCAAAGCCAGAACCGACUGCGGCACAUGAUGAGGUGAUCGAACUUACUUCGGCCGGGGAGAAUGUCGCCACAGAGCCUGACAGCGAGUAUGAAGAAGCACGUGGAAAGAAGAGAAAACUGAAGUCUAGGAAUACAUCGCAUGCAUCAAAGAAGCCAGCCUCAUCCAACGAGAAGGCUGACGUGUCAAAAGUGGGGAAGAAAGCUGCACAUUCAAAGCAACCCAAAGUGCCUGCCUUACCAACCUCAACAACUUCUCCAACGAAGGGUGGCCCUCUGUCCCCAUUGACAGUGGGGUCAUCGAGUGUGGCGGCAUCACCAGAGCCUAAGGCUGGGGCUGCAGCAGUAGCAUCACGUCAGGAUGGUCCUUCUAACGUGCGCACAAAGGUAAAACCACGUCCAAUCACCAGGGAAUCCAAGGGUACAAUGAAACAUGCUCUUCGGAUGGCAUACAGCCACUCGGACGGAUCUGAAGUGGAUGAGGGUAAGAAGAUGGAUGUGGCUGUGAAGAGUGCUGUCUCCCCUGCUUUAGAUAAUGUUGCCGUGGAAACAGUACAGGAAGACUUGCCUUCAGAGGCUCAAACCACCAAUCCCGUCGAGGAGGAUCUUCACCAUAUCGUUCACGACCCUCAUAACCCUCCAGAUACCACACACCAAGCUCAUGAUGAGCUUCCUGUCCAUCGUAACCCUCCCGAGGGUAUCCAGCGAGGCUCCAAUGAGGCUGUCCAGCGAGACCCUCAUGAGGGUGACCCUAUACAUCACCCACGGGAACCUCAACGUGAGGUUGUCCCUCUCCGCAAUCCUCACGAGCCUCGUCACAAUGUCCUCCAUGACCCUCGAGACAUUCCCCAUCACGCCCCUCGCGACAUCUUGCGUGACCCUCGUCAGCCUCUUCGCAGUCAUUCUCGUGAGCCAUGGUACAUGCACGAGGCUGUGCAUCGUCGUGAAGUCCAUCAUCUGCGUGAAGAUUCUCCAAUAAUUGAGCGUGACGCUCUCCACCCUCGCGAUGCCUUCUAUCACCAUGACCUUCGCAAUCCCCGUUAUCCUAGUUUGCAACCUCACGACCGUUACGGAUCCAAUGAGCCUCAUGCCAACAGUGACUUCACCACACGGGAUAGCUCUCCAGCCUUGGAGGUAUACCGUGAUGACCAUUAUGCUCACGGUGAGCGUGAACGUACAUACCCAGGUCGAUACAGCCCAGUACUCGGUCCUGAAUAUGCUCAUGAAAGCGGAUAUUCUCGACGUGAUGAUCUUGAUGAGCGCCGGGCAUUUGGUGGAGGAGCUUACCGUGAAAGCGGAUACCCUCCAAGAAGAACUCGUCACCUGGAUUCCAGAUGGAUGGAUCGUCGUAAUGCUCCAUCUUUGGACUAUGCUCAUCAUGAAGCUGUGCCCCGAUCAUUCAGUCGAGAUCCAGUCGACUCUCCACGCCCUCCUUCAUCUUAA